GUCAUAUGAAAUCAACAUUCACACAUGUUGCCAUGAUGUGAGUUGACGUGCUUUACAGAAAUAUGUAAUCUGUUUGUUUCCUUGCCAAUAAUUUUGAUGACAACAUGAAUGCAUUUAGCAGUACAUUCGGGCGGCUCAGAGGCGUUGUCAUAGGGAUGGUGCAUUUACGUGCUUUGCCAGGAACUCCGGCAGUCACUCUUUCUAUGCAGGAAAUCAUUGAAGUUGCAUGUAAAGAAGCCAAAAUUUACAAAGAUGCAGGUGUGGAUGCUGUGAUGGUAGAAAACAUGCAUGAUGUGCCAUAUGUUCACUCAACAGGGGUCGGUCAUGAGAUAACAGCAAGCAUGUCUGUUGUGUGUUCACAUGUUAAGGAAGUGUGUGGGAGCAUGCCAGUAGGAGUACAGGUGCUCGCAGGAGCAAAUAAGCAGGCAAUUGCAGUGGCGCUCUCUAGUGGCCUGCAAUUCAUUCGUGCUGAAGGAUUUGUGUUUUCUCAUGUUGCUGAUGAAGGGCUUAUGAAUGCAUGUGCAGCAGAGCUGUUACGAUAUCGUAAGCAAAUUGGUGCCAGCCACAUUCAGGUGUUCACUGACAUCAAGAAGAAACACAGUUCUCACUCUAUCACCAGUGACAUCAGUAUAGCAGAGACGGCCAAGGCGGCAGAAUUCUUCCUCAGUGAUGGCGUGAUAGUGACUGGUGCAGUGACCGGUGCCUCAGCUGACCUACAGGAGUUCAAAGAUGUGCAAAAAGCAGUGAAAAUCCCAGUUUUGAUCGGCUCAGGGGUUACAGUGGAUAAUGUGGAACAGUAUGCCAGUGCCAAUGCAUUCAUCAUAGGAUCGUACUUUAAAUGUGGUGGACACUGGAGUAAUGAGAUUGACCCAACAAGAGUGGCAAAAUUUAUGGAGAAGGUUAAGCUUAAAAUACAGACACCAUAGACAUAAUUCUUGUGAGUUGACAACUUGUAAAGUUUUAAAGCUGUUGAAAUUAUAUACAUCUAGAUGUAAAUAAAGCAGGCAACAUUCAGAAGAAAUAUAUAUAUUCACAUGUGUGUAUAAGAUCAUGCAUCACCACUAUUGCAGAGGCAAGUAAUGAAGAUCUUUAGUUCUACUGUAUAGCUUGAAAUAUGUGGCUGGACUGAUUGUAAUUGUUCCAGUGGGGGCACAGCAUGUUGGUUUGCAUGUUUGUGCAUUUUAAGGUAUUGUCUAGUCAUGUUUGCAUGUAGCAACACAUCAUAAAGCUAAGAUAGUUUCAGUUCACUGUACAAAGGCAGAGCUUACCUUAUACAUCAUAGUUAUUUGAAUAUGUCCACAUGUGAUAGUGCCAAGUGGAAAAAAUUCAAAGUAUUUUGUCCUAAUUAGCAAAAUCUAGAUAAAUAUUUAAAAGAAGAUUGAUUUGCAUUUUUAAGAGGCCAUUCCCAGACCUCGAUCUAUCUCCGAGGGGAU